UCCGGCACAUGAAACGGGGACCCACCAGAAAUACAUAUCCGACUCAAUCUGGGUCUCGACCCAGUUUCUAACUCCAGGCUCUCGCGUUGUCUGCCUGCAAUGCAAAUGCGAAGGAACACGUAUGGAGACAGCAGCCAGCUCUUCGGGCGUUGUUGAAGGGAUCACGUCCAGGUUCUGUGAAACUCUCUGGGCUCGGUUAGCGCAGUAAACCCGGGACAUGCUGGUUUGGUGAGAGGUGAGAUAGAGGCUAGAGCUGAAGGAACAUGGGCCCAGACACAGAAUCCAUCCAUAAAACAGAAUCUUCAGAUGAAAGUGCCAGUGAACUUGUAGUGGUCAUCUCAGAGUCAGACUCAGACUACACUCCAAGUCCUUCUGUGUCCAAGCGCCAGAAACACUCGAAGAGAAGCAUUUCAAACAGAUGUUACCCCUGCUCUGUCUGCGGCAAGGUAUUCAACAGACCCUCUAAGCUUGACAGGCACAAGUCGGUGCACACAAGGAAGCCUAAGUCUCUCCAUCAGUGUCAUCAUUGUGAAAAGACUUUCACACAGCUGGAUAAGCUGGUCCGACACCAAAACAACCAUAACAGGACUAACAAGCACCCCUGUGCUGACUGUGGGAAAGUCUUCAACAGGCCAUCAAGGUUGGAGAGGCACAAACACACACACUCAAAGAAACCCAAGGUCUCCCAUCAGUGUUCAUACUGCAUGAAGGCAUUCAGUAAACUGAACAAACUUGUCCGGCAUGAGCGAAUACAUACAGGGGAGAAGCCCUUCACAUGCUGUGUCUGUGGGAAAGGCUUCUCUGACCCGGGCCACUGCAAAACACACGAGAAGACGCACGAGGACCAGCCAGAGAAACCUCAUUGCUGCAUGGACUGUGGGAUGUGCUUCUUCAAAGCCUCAGAUCUCCGUCGGCACUCCCGCUCCCACACGGGGGAGAAACCUUUCAGCUGCACCCUGUGUAACAGCCGCUUUUCCCGCUCAGAGGGGCUCAAGACACACAUGCGCAGACAUACCGGGGAGAGACCGUACAAAUGCAUUAUUUGUGGGAAGGGGUUCUAUUCCAGACGGGAUUUAAAUGUUCAUAGUUUGACCCAUUCAGGAGAGAAACCACACCUUUGUACGGUGUGCGGAAAGAGCUUCUCACAGCUUGGUAACAUGAAUGAACAUAAAAAAAAUGUCCAUGUUAAGUCAGAGAAAUAUAUUUGCAACGAGUGCGGGGCAACUUUCACACGGUAUAAGUCACUGACAGAGCAUCAGCGCACACACACAGGAGAAAGACCCUUUCUGUGCACUACCUGUAAUCGCAGGUUUUCAUUUAGCCAUUCCCUGAGCAGACACAGGAGGACACACACUCAUCAACAAAAAUCCAUGGAAUCCAAAGACUCAAAGCCCUCGGUGCGCGCCAGUUGUUGAAAGUAGCAUUUUAUUGUAAAUUAAGUGUUUAUCAUUUUACACCUAAUGGAAUUUUACGCUAAUGAAAUACCCAGAAUAAGUGUGUGACUGUUUACCAUGCUGUCUGAUUAUGGAUGAAAAUAAAACACCGGCAAUAACUUUCCCUCUACACGUAGGAAUCAAAGAAAAAUGUCCAUGCUAAAUCCUUGUUAAAUUGAUUUUUUUGCUGACAAAGUCAAAUAUGUCCAAAUACGCCUAACCAGAUAAUGUUUAUUUUAGAUAGACUCGUGUUACAAAUUGUGUGUUUACUGUUUUUAUUAUCUGAGUCCUUAACUGUAAAAGGUAAAUUUGUCUGACCUAGUACUAUCUCUGACCUUGGUACAGGGUAAACAAAGUAUGUAUGACUCUCAAUACACAGCCUGAUGUAUUCUACUGAAAAUUACUGGUGAUAAUGGUUGCAACAAAGGACAGAAAAGUUUUUGACACUUAAAAUUAUCAGAUUGUCAAGUGUUUUCAGUGUCGCUGUUCUCAAAUGUUGCCUAACCUAUUUUCAAUUGCACUGAUGAAUUGAACCCUACAUUAAAGAUUACAUUUAAAUAAAGAUUGUAUGCUAUUAGAGUUCAGACAGGUUAUUUUAAAGAAAAAAAUCCAUAAGAAAUACACAUGGUUGACAAAUUAAAGGAACAUUUUGAAUAAAUGAGUGGAGAAACAUAAUGAAUGCAGGUGCUUCCAUACAGGUGUAGUGCAUGAAAAAGUUCAGCAGUUAACACCCUAUCAUGCUCUGUGGCACAUAAAAAUGCUGAGCAGGUUGACCUUGAUUUUGGAUCAUGCCAAGAAAAAAAAGAUGCAUAAUAUAUAUGACUUUGGAAGAAGAUUCAUUAUUAGGGCAAGGAUGGCAGGAGUUUCAGUCACAAGGAUUGGCCAGUGUUUCCCAUUCUCAGGGCACAAGGGGUCACUGAAUGGUUUAAUGAGGAUGAAAAUGAUGUAAAUCUUUGGUGGUGACACAUCUCAACCUAGUUGAACACCUAUGGGAGAUUCUGGACCGACGUGUUAGACAGCACUCUCCACUAUUAUCAUCAAAUGGGGAAAUAUGUUCCGGAAGAAUGGUGUCCAUCCCUCCAGUAGAGUUCAGAGACUUGUAGAAUUUAAGACAAGGGGCAUUGAAGUUGUUCUGGAGGCUCCUGGUGACCCAACACCUUACUAAGACACUGCAUGUUGGUUUUUCCUUUCAUUUGUCACCGUUCUGUAGUGC